AUGGAUCGUCUGAAGAAGCUAUGGCGGGGCGAACAGCCAUACGAGCCGCUCGAGCAUGAUGCGAUAGACGAAGGGGUUCAACAUGAGUCGACGAACAAACAAAAGGACUUCUCCUACGUGGAGUACAGCAUCUUUGUCCUCCUCGGUGUUUCUAUGCUAUGGGCCUGGAACAUGUUUCUGGCAGCUGGACCAUACUUCCAGCAUCGCUUUCGAAGCAACGACUGGAUCAGCCAGAACUUCCAGGCGGCUGAGCUCGUGGUCUCGAACACGACGACCCUAUGUGCCAUGCUUGUCCUCACUCGCCUGCAGGCUGGAGCUUCUUACCCGAAACGUAUCAUCAGCUCAUUGGCCAUCAAUAUGGUCGUCUUCACGCUACUAGCUCUCUUUACCAAAGUCGGACUGGGCAUGAGUGCGGAAGGAUACUUUGGCUUCCUCAUGGUCAUCAUGUUUGCAGCCAGUAUGGCUACUGGAUUGUGUCAGAAUGGCAUCUUCGCCUAUGUAUCUGGCUUCGGACAGCCAGCCUACACUCAGGGUAUCAUGACGGGGCAGGCCAUCGCAGGAGUUCUACCGUGUAUUGCUCAAAUCAUCUCAGUUGUCGGCAUUUGGGGACAUGGCCGCCGCCCACCACCUGAUGAUGGAGCUCCACCUCCCGGACCGCCACCGGUCAAUCCUAACAGUGCAUUCUCCUACUUUCUAACGGCAACAAUCAUUGCGGCGAUAACUCUGACGGCCUUCACCUCCCUCCUGGCACGGAACCGUCAAUUACCCAAACUCCAAGAUAACAGCACCCCCGACCUCGAUCCUGUCAAUGAACCCGGAGAACGCAAGCAAGUGCCCCUCUCAGUACUCUUCCGCAAGCUCUUCUGGCUCGCAAGCGCCGUCUUCGCCACCUUCGGAAUUACAAUGAUGUUCCCAGUCUUCACCCAGCAGAUCGUCUCCGUCCGGCCACACGAUCAACAGAGUCCGCUGCUGCAACCGCCAAGUUUUAUACCACUUGCCUUCCUGUUCUGGAAUACCGGUGAUCUACUGGGUCGACUUGCGACAGCUGUGCCCGGUCUAUCGCUCAUACAACGGCCAGGUAUCGUCUUUGGCUUGGCAGUAUCCCGCGUAGCUUUCGUGGGACUGUAUCACUUAUGUAAUAUUCGGGAUCGAGGGGCCAUCGUCGAGUCUGACUUCUUCUACUUGGUUAUUGUGCAGCUGCUGUUUGGUCUUACAAAUGGUUAUGUGGGCUCGACAUGCAUGAUCGGCGCUGGGGAGUGGGUUGAUCCGGACGAGCGAGAAGCCGCUGGUGGCUUCAUGGGAUUGUGUCUGGUAGCUGGACUGACUGUGGGAAGCUUCGCUAGCUUCUUCGCCGCUGGAGCCUGA